AUGCAAUGCGCACGCACGGCUGCAUCCGCACUCAGUGCAUUGGUCACGCGUCGGUAUCGGAAUCGGCUGGGUAUCGGCCGGCACUCGGGUAAUUUUCCUACGGAGACGUACGUCAUCAACAACAACAACAACAAGUGCAAGCAGGCAAGCAAGCCAUCAGCCGUUGAGAGCUCGGACCAACUCAGGCAAAAACGAGACCCGAGACCCCGAGCCAGUGCGCUCCGUUCCUCUCCACCACCCACGCAUCCUCCCGAGCCAGCAAGACCAACAACGUCCGACCUCUGGGCCCACCGUGUAGUAGUAGUGUAUAGAUAUUUAUUAACUUGCGAAGAGGCUGCAUUGGACUGGACUAGACUGGCGUGGUCUGGUGUCUGGUCUGAUACAGGAACUGGAACGGGAACGGGAACGGGGACUGGUGAAGCGGAAAUCCGAGUCGAGGCAAUUUACUCGACCGGAAUUGGGAAAAGAAGAAAAGAAAAGAACGGUCUCGAGGACAAGGAGAGCACGGAUUGUGCCACAGAUCACACCAGAAUCUGGCACCGACACCAAAAUCAACUCAUAGCUUCGCGACCUUGCGCGAUCAGCAACUUCGUCAGUAUUAAGAUGCACCGCUUUGGCCAGAGCCCGGCGGAUACGCCUCUGCUGAGAGUGUCCCGGCCCGUCUCGGCUUGUUCAAGAUGUCGCGCUGCAAAGAUCAAGUGUGACGGGAAACUUCCAGCCUGCACUGCCUGUGAGAAAUCAGGGCGAGCAGCAGAGUGUUCGAGUGCUAAUGACCAGUUUGCCAAAGGAAAGGAGAGAAGCUAUGUCGCGUCUCUUGAGUCCCGUGUGGAGAAACUUGAGAGGAGAAUCAGCUACGCCAGGUCUCGGAAAGCAUCUGUAGCCAUGCACGACGCUGAUUUUACCGAGAUGCCUGAUCGCAAAGAUUCACUGGCCACGAUACGCGCCGCCAUCUACGGGAAGGCGGCUCGGAAAAGGGAGACGGCCGACGUAAACGAGCUCGUGUCGGAUUUUGGGUUCCUCUCGGUCAAUGCCACUACCCGCGAUUUUGAAAAGUCAACAACGAACAUGACCUUCGCACGUUUGAUCCUUGCCGCCGCGAACAACGAAGCGGUACCGGAAUCCCAGCCUUUUCAACUACCGCCGAGAACAACCGCCAUGGCACUAUGUCAGUAUUACCUGGAUAACGUGUUCGCCAUUUCUCCCGUGUUUUCCGAGACGGCCUUGUUCAACGCGCUCGAUGCAGUUUACCAGGAGAACGGUCGCCCAGUUACCGAUUUCGAACAUUGGCUCCUGUAUAUGGUCCUAGCUAUUGCCUCUACCGGUCAAUCCAGAAGCAAUCAGGAUGCCUUGUACGUAGACGGCCUCCUCUGGGUCGGCCGUGCCUUGCGAUACGCUGAUAGUGUCCUCAUGCCUGGCUACGUAUCACAAAUACAGGCUCUGAUCUUGCUAGUGCAAUAUUCAAUGCUGGAUCCUGCUCAUUUCGAUACCUGGCACCUGAUCGGCUUUGCUUGUCGAGCGGUUGUAGAUCUAGGCUUCCACCAAGAUCCGCCGAAAGAGCAGCAGACCGAUAAGAAACUCUUAGAGCUUCGACGCAAGAUCUUUUAUUGCGUGUAUUCUCUUGAUAGGUCCAUCAGUAUGGUCCACGCUCGAUCUUUCUCGUUCACAGAUGACUCCACAGCUGUCAUCUUACCUUCAGUAACAUCCAUGAUACCCUCUGGUCCUCCUGGGCGCUCCAUUAUGGGGCCGCAUUCCUUAGAGGCCGCCGUUCUUCUGUUCCAAUUUCGUCGGUUGCAAUCUUCCUGGUACCAGGAACUCUUUAAAUCCAGUCGCGAUCCUCUUCAAAACUCCUCCGUCUACAUCUGGCAAAUGUGCCAAGAGAUGCGAGAAUGGUCUGAAUCAAUUCCAGACGCCUUGCCUCUCGCUUGGAAGGACUUCUUCGACCUGGAGGUGCUUUACAGUUAUGUCUACUGCAUAGCCCCUUCUUGCCGUGUCCGGACCGUGGUCAAUUACGGCAAAACCCUUAUCUUCGAGUACAGCAUUGCAUACAUGCAAAAAAUAUUCCCCAUCAGCAAAGACCCGGUCAACACGGCAUUCUAUACUUACCACGACGCGUUACGUGUAUAUUUUGUCGGCGGUCAAUUCCUGUCCGUCCUUACGGAGAGCGCAAACACACUUCUGAAUGGCGUCUUGCCAUACUCGCCCGUCCUUCCAGGCACUCCGUCACCGCCACCUCUCCCUAACAACGCAGGAAUUGACAACGUUGAUAGGAGUAUCGAUUGUAUUAUCCACAUCAAGGAGACGCUUCGGACGUUUGGCCAUCGCUGGGAAGACUCGAAGGCACUCCUGUCGAGCUUUGAGAUGCAGGCCGAGCCGAUGGUUGCGGAGUUACACCGGAAGAAACGCCAGCUUGAAGAGUUAAUGCGGAAUAUUCACAGCCCUUCUAGCUACAUAGUUCGGCCUCCGUAUGAACAGAUGGGGCACAUGAGUCCCACAAAGUGGUCGAAUAUGGUUCCCAGUCUCCCUAGUCAGGGUGGACCCAGUGGUGGUCCGUCGCAUGGUAUUGUGCUUUGGACGGUGAGAGAAACUCGUAAUUUGUCAAGACUCAAGCAGGAAAAGCUUUCCGUGCUUGAAGUCGUUACAAAAGGGAUGCAUCAUGAAAUCACUCUCGGAAUCUUUGAUCCCGCUAAGCCUUUGAGGACAAGCUAUGCGCUGUCAACUUUCAACUUUCAUGGGUGCAUUGUCAAUACAAGUACAAGACACAAAGCAAUCGCGACGAUGCCUAUCAGGCAGGCGGUUUCCCUCGAAUCCAUCCCACCCGCACCCCCUCUGAGUGCAAAGGGGCGCAAGAUUCUGUGCCUCGCCCUUAUAGGCAUUUUUGGAGUGUUCGUGCUGAGCUGGGCAGCCAGUCGGCACGCGGAGAACCGGAUCAAGCACCAUGGGCCUCCGUCUCGUGGGGCAGUGGUCCAAAGCAGACAGCUUGUCGUGCCCGUCGCCCAUGUAUCGGCGGGUCGCUGUAAAAUGAACAUUGCCGGCGUAGAGAGGGUAAUGGAGACGGAUUCCGACGAACAUCGGCCUAUUCUGACUCGAAAGCGAUCGCCUCUCAAAUGGACGAAUCACCGUGGGCCGCCAAACCAUCACCCUGGCGGCGAUACCAAGGGCCUCCUCGUCCAUUCAGAGGCAACUUCGAAGUUCAGACGGUCUGUCGUAGAUGAACACCACUACAUUCCGCCAUACUGGAGAAGUACCAGCCCAGAUGUCACGUCCGAGGCCGGUCACUUUGCUGCUGCACCAGAGCCAAUUCAUCCGAUACAGUAUACCAUCCAGUCUCAGAACCAAACUCACCCGACUUCCGCCCGAACUGGACGUAGCAUUCUCAGCAUCAAGAACUGCCGCAAUGCCACGACAGGUAGCGAAAGGCGCCAGUGCGAAUCGGACCACCAGGCCUCAAUCAUCCUCUACUCAUGUAUUGGUGUUUUCGGUGCUUCGGUCUUGCUGCUUGGCCUUCUCAAGUGCCUCAUGUGCUUUAAAGCCAGAAGCAAACGACCUCCACCCAUGACACAAGAGAUGAGGGCCAGACUUGAGCAGAAGAGUGGCACAACCUCACCAGCGACUCUUGGGGAUAGCAUGGCAUCUAGGGUACCCGAUGGUAGCCGGCACAUGACGCUGGACGGUGCGAACGACGAGGCUUGGGUGGUGCAGCCGAGAGGUAGAUGGAACCCCUUCAGACGAUGGCGAAGCGCUCCUGGUCAAUUCUCUCCUACACCCCAGAGACGAGUGCCCCGCAUCCCAACUUUGAAGUUGCCUCAGCCUGUGUUCACAACCGUUCGUAAAUUUAGUGGAAUUGGUUUCGAUGGACUGUCGUUAUCAUACAGGCCAGCUGCGAGGCAGAGGGACGCGGACAUCACUCGCAUGAAACUCACCUUAAACCAGGAUAAAGAAGAGUAUUAUCGGCAGCUCUACUCGCUGAACGACAGCUCCGACGACGAGGAAGAUACCAAUGACGCCUGGGACUGCCUAAGGCAAAGCAAACCUCCUUUAUUGCAAUCCGUUCCGACGCCAGCGGAGCCUCCAUCUCAUAUCUCUCGGAGAAAAAGCGAGCCUUUGUCAACGAAAGCGACAGGAAUUCUCCGAACCACCUCGGCGCCUGUCACGAGCACUAGCGCCCCAAAAGCACCUAUUGUCCGCAAGUCGUCUUCACUUCGCUAUGAUAUCUCGACUCAAGAUAUCGUGUCCUCCCCAUCUGAAGUGAUCGACCUCACGAGUCAAGCGACAAUCCCACGGCCUAUGCCUGAAAAGAGCGUGUCGACUCCCAACAUCGGCUCGGUCGUCAUGAAUAAUAGUAAAGGGAUCGAAGCCAUGCUUAUUGCUAAGAGUAAGAAGAAAAGGGGGCGGACUGCAAAAGCAGCAGUCACGAAGGAUCCGAAUGGGGUUUCUUUCAAGCUGAUGCCUGAGGGGAAACGGUUUCUUGAUGGCAUAGUCAUCUACUACAUUCCUCCGGAUCUCAAGGGAGGUAGGGAUCUCCGUAUCAGCAAAGCCCUGGGAUUCGGGGCCAAGUGGACGAAAGAGUGGACAGCUGAGAUCACGCAUGUUGUGGUCGAGAACGGUACAGGAUACGAUCACAAGUUUGUCAUGAAGCACCUCUCCGAUAAGAUCAUCUCAGACGUGUUCCCAGGAGGUAUUGCUCUCGUCACCGAUGAGUUUCUGAUCGUAUGCUUCGAGUGCAGAUUCGCUGUCGACCCUAAACAGAAGAAGUUCGCAGUCCCAGGAGACCCCCAAAGAGCUAUCGAAGAGCCAAAGCCGUUGCCAGAAGUUCCAACAUGUUCUCAAAACCCCGAAUAUUCUCUUCAGCUCAAGCAAGCGAAAUCCAGGAAAGGAGACCACGUUUCCGAGAACACACCAUCUCAAAGCCAGCGGUCUGCGCAAGGCGGACCAUCGCAAGAUCAGCUCAGCCCGGCCAUCCAAGUCUCGCUCGUUCCCGACUAUGCUAAAGAGCUCCAAUUGACAGAAACCCUCAAACAAAGCCCUGAUGUUGCAAUCAAGACUGGCAAGCGAGGUGAUAUUCUUGACGAAUUCAUCGACGUGGCCCGGAAGUUGGAAUAUCUACCACUCGAUGACGAUGAGGAUGAUGACGAUGUGGGAAACCGACCAUCAACUCGAGAUGAUCCUGCGGACUCUGGAGGGUCUGAGGAGGAGCGGGCACGUAGCAAGUAUCCUAGUAAGAAACGCAAGAAGUACGGAAAUAAAGGAGCCUCUCACCAGGACAACUUUAGCUGUAUGAAAGGAGGCACCGGGAUUGCCCUUGAGAACAAUCCAAAUCGACAGACUAUCGAGAUCUUAGGAGAAAUGGGAGCUUAUUAUGAGCGCAUACGUGAUCAAUGGCGGACAUUGGCUUACAGAAAGGCCGUCGGAACACUCAAGAAGCAAUCCGUCAAGAUCACAAGAUACGAACAGGCCAUUGAACUUCAGUUUAUUGGACACAGGCUUGCUCUCAAGAUUGAGGAAAUCGCAAUCACCGGUCAUUUACGACGACUCGACAAUGCUCGGCUGGAUCCGAAUGACAAGACACUCCAGCUGUUUUUGAAGAUUUACGGAGUGGGACCGGGCCAGGCGGACAAGUGGAUUCAAGCCGGACACAAGACUCUCGAUGACUUGCGAGCUCUUCCGAAUUUGCACAAGAACCAGAAGGUUGGUCUCGAUCAUUACGAUGACUUUGAGACCCGCAUUCCUCGAGACCAGGUCACAGCUCUAGGUGAGAUUGUCAAGAAAGCCGUGCACGAGAUCGAUCCCCAGGUCGAAGCCAUUAUCGGUGGCAGCUACCGACGGGGGGCUCUCACAUCAGGAGAUAUCGACUUCAUCAUCACGAAACGUGGCACAGAAUCCAGCCUGGACCUCCUUCCCUUCCUCAACAAGCUCGUCGCCCGCCUAACCCACGACGCCUUCCUCGUCUGCCCCCUCGCCGUCCCGCACCAAUCCGGCUCCAAAUGGCACGGCGCCUGCGUCCUGCCCGGCAACCCCAUCUGGCGCCGCAUCGAUUUUCUCAUCGUUCCCGAAAGCGAGUUUGGGGCUGCGUUGCUGUAUUUUACGGGCGAUGAUAUCUUCAAUCGGAGCAUGAGGUUGUUGGCGAGCAAGAAGGGGAUGCGGCUGAAUCAGAGGGGCUUGUAUAAGGAUGUCAUGCGUGGGCCGGGACGGGUGAAGCUCAAUGAGGGGGAGUUCGUGGAGGGGGCGGAUGAGAGGAGGAUAUUUGAUGUGCUGGGCGUUCCGUGGAGGCCGCCGCAGGAGAGAAUCUGCCAUUGA